AACCAAACCUGACGGCCCCCCGAGCGUCGCUUAUAAAGGGGGGAUGCAGCAGCUCUGACCGGCUCAUCAUCUGGAUCUCCAGCUAAUUAAUAAGGCUUUAUUACCGCAGACUCAGACAACCGUCCACCGUCUGACCAACGUCCGAAAUGAAGUGUGUUUGGGUGAUGAUGCUGUUCCUCCACUGCGCUCUUUCAGUCGACUUUGAUGUGGUGGGUCCAGUCAGGGCUGCUAUAGCUUCAGUUGGUUGUGAUGUCAGUCUGUCGUGCUCUGUUCGCCAGACUGAUGGGAAAAGCUUGAAAUGCUGAGAAUAUGACAGUCAGGUGGACCAAAGACGAAGAAAAAGUGCACGUCUAUGAAAAGAAGAAAGAUGAUGUCACCCAGCAGUCUGGGUCUUACAGGUCCAGGACAACUCUUGAUAAACAGGCGCUCAAGACAGGGGACGCCUCUCUGACACUGAGGGAAGUCAAAGCUUCUGAUAUGGGAACUUACAAAUGCACUGUUGAGUCUGGAGGCAAGAAAAAAUACGUCUCUGUUGAAGUUAAAGAGGACUUUAAGGUGGUGGGUCAGAGCAGUCCUGUUUUAGCUGCAGUUGGUCCUGACCUCAGUUUGUCGUGUUCAGUCAAGUGUGUGAGUGGUGACACCAGCAUGAAUGCUGAGGAUAUGAAAGUCAUGUGGACCAAAGACGAAGAAAAAGUGCACGUCUAUGAAAAUAAGAAUGAUGAUAUCACCCAGCAGUCUGGGUCUUACAAGAACAGGACAAGUCUUGAUAAACAGGCGCUCCAGAGAGGCGACGCCUCACUGACCCUGAGGAAAGUCAAAGCUUCUGAUAUGGGAACUUACAAAUGCACUGUUGAGAUCAGAGGAAAGAAAAAACACGUCUCUGUUGAAGUUAAAGAGAAGUUUAAGGUGGUCAGUCCAGGCAGUCCUGUUUCAAUUCCACUUGGUUAUAAUGUCACUCUGCCAUGUUACGUGCAGCGUGAGGACGAUGAAGCCAGCAUGAACGCUGAGGAUAUGAAAGUUACGUGGACCAAAUCCGACACAAAAGUGCAUCUGUAUGAAAAUAAAAAGGAUGAUGUCACCCAGCAGUCCGGGUCCUACAAGAACAGAACAGCUCUUCAUAAAGGUGCGCUCCAGAAAGGCGACACCUCUCUCAGCCUGGCUCAGGUCAAAGGUGCUGACAAUGGAAAAUUCAAAUGCACUGUUAAGUCUGGAAGCCAAGAGAGAGCAGUGGAAGUUGAUCUUCAAGUUAAAGCUAUUGGGACGCACCCUGAGAUCACAGUGGCGACUUUACAGUGUAAAUCUAAAGGCUGGCUACCUGCGCCUGAGCUUGAGUGGCUGGACAGUAACAAAACUGUCCUGACCGCAACAGUUACGAAGAAAGAAAGAGACGAUAAGCUGUUCGACGUGGAAAGCAGCGCCGAUGUAAAGUCGGGUGACGUGUUCUACUGCAGAGUGAAGCAGAACGAUACCGUAAAGGAGGAAAAGAUCAAGCCAUAUGAGACGUGUGUUAGUUGGAUAGCGGUCGUUGGCGUCCUUUCGGCUGUGCUCCUGGUGGCGGUGAUUGUGUGUGUUAUCAAAGCAAAGGCCCGUUAGAGACGUUUUGUUUUUCAGCAGUCCGGCAGCUGAGGCUGAAGAGCGGAAAUGUCUGACUCUUCU